GCACCCCGCUGCCGCCGCCGAACGCACCCGCCCGAAAAAAAGAAAAGAAAAGAAAAAGAAAAAACAAACGUCCUUGUUCCCUUCUGUGUGGAAUAAACACCUGCAAACUCCCCGGGCAGCUCGGCGCCCCUGCCAUGGAUUCCUUUAAAGGUGGAAUGAAUUUGGAGAGACUGCCCGAGAGCUUGAGACCCCAACCCUCCCAUGACAUGGCUUCCAGCUUCCAUUUGCAAAGAUCCUCGGAACCCAGAGACCCGAUCGAGAACUCAGCCAGUGAAUCCUCCGACACGGAGGUGCCAGAAAAGGAGCGCAGCGGCGAGCAGAAAAACGAGGACGGGGCCACCGACGACCCGGCAAAGAAAAAAAAGCAGCGGCGGCAGCGGACCCACUUCACCAGCCAGCAGCUGCAGGAGCUGGAGGCCACUUUCCAGCGGAACCGCUACCCAGACAUGAGCAUGCGGGAGGAGAUCGCCGUCUGGACCAACCUCACCGAGCCUCGAGUCCGGGUGUGGUUCAAGAACCGCCGAGCCAAGUGGAGAAAGCGGGAGCGGAACCAGCAGAUGGACCUGUGCAAGAACGGCUACGUGCCGCAGUUCAGCGGGCUGAUGCAACCUUACGACGACAUGUACGCCGGCUACCCCUACAACAACUGGGCCACCAAAAGCCUCACCCCGGCUCCUCUUUCCACCAAGAGUUUCACCUUCUUCAACUCCAUGAGCCCCCUCUCCUCGCAGUCCAUGUUCUCGGCUCCCAGCAGCAUCUCUUCCAUGAACAUGCCCUCCAGUAUGGGCCACUCGGCCGUGCCGGGCAUGGCCAACUCCGGCCUCAACAACAUCAACAACAUCGGCGGUUCCUCGCUCAACUCGGCCAUGUCCUCCCCGGCAUGUCCUUACGGGCCACCGGGGUCACCUUACAGCGUCUACAGGGACACUUGCAACUCCAGCUUAGCCAGCCUCAGACUGAAAUCAAAGCAGCACUCCAGUUUCGGCUACAGCAGUUUGCAAAGCCCCGGCUCCAGUCUAAACGCUUGUCAGUAUAACAGUUGACGGACUUGACACAAACCACCUCCAACAAAGCACCGCCGACAAA